AUGGCACUGCAAGAGGUGCGUUUCGAUGGUGUUGAGAUAGUGGAAUUUUCUGUCCAAGAAAUCGAGUGCGAAGAGAAGUUUUAUGACGACGAGGAAGAGGAUGAUUUCGAUGGCGAUGACCUUGAUAGAGAUGAGGAGGGUGAUGAAAAGGACUCUCAACCCACUUCCCAUACAUCCGCAGUCCCACAAUCCCUAACCAGCUACACCUUCGCCCUCUCCAACUCUCAGUCACCCCUCAGCCAAGCAACACUAAACUACAUCGUCAUUCAACACAGCGGCAUCAUCCUUCCCUUCGACCCCGAUUUCGUCAGAACCUCCAACGAACUGACCACGUCUGAGAUGUUGCGUAUAGAACAAUAUGAUCUUGAGACUAUUCGCCAUGAUGCGUCCGUCGAGUGGUUGCCCGAGAGUGCGAUAAGGGAGAGGAUGAGAGGUGCUUAUUCUGUAGAAAGGGAAGAGGAGAGGAGAGAGUUCGUGAGGGAUUUGGCCAGAGGAGGUGCACCUGAACGAAUUGUCAUCGAGAGUAUUGCGGUAUCUCUCCUUCUCAUGGAAACUCCUCAAUAUGUUGCUCCAUGGCCUGGCCCUGCAGGUAUUUCAAUCGCCGGUUCUGUAAGAAGUAUUUCUGACCUCGGAGCUGGGGGAAGUGAGGAAGAGAGAGCGGCUAGGAGACAGAGAUUGGAGUAAUUGUGCUAGAGGACCAUCGUGCAUGCCCAUUAAGUGACUUUCGAAGCUUCGAAGUUGGAAUGCAGCACGGUUUUACAAUAUAUGUCAAGCGUUUUUAAGGUAUACGAUAUGGUAAAGAAAGGGGUUUCAAAGUUAAAAGAUGAAUAAGAGAG